AUCAUCUCAUUUCUCCUCAGUUUUUUCUCUGCUGAAAUCGUCAUCGCAUCAGUCUGGAAAGUUGCUCAUAAAGCGUCUGUGUGGCUGGAUAUAGACGGAGUCGCUUCAUGUCUGUUUGCCAGGGGAAAACGUGUCGAGGGAAAUAUCGCCCUUCAAGAGUCAAAGAGAAACUUUAAGGAGCCUUUAAAGCAGAUCUGCAUAUAUAAACCGGUUCUAGACCAGCAGGCCGGGUGUUUGGGUCUCCAUGGCGACACGAGGCCACGCCUCCAGCUCAUUAAUGAGCAACCACACCAAGGAGAGAGUGACCAUGGCUAAAGUCACCCUGGAGAACUUCUACAGCAACCUGAUCACGCAGCAUGAGGAGAGAGAGAUGAGGCAGCAAAAACUGGAGAAGGUGAUGGAUGAGGAAGGACUGCCUGAUGAAGAGAAACGAGUGCGACGCUCUCAGCACGCUCGUAAAGAGACUGAGUUCCUCCGUCUAAAGAGAACCCGAUUGGGUUUGGACGACUUUGAGUCCCUGAAGGUGAUUGGACGAGGAGCGUUCGGGGAGGUGCGUUUGGUUCAGAAGAAAGACACGGGUCAUGUUUACGCCAUGAAGAUUCUUCGCAAAGCAGAUAUGCUGCAGAAAGAGCAGGUGGCUCAUAUCCGUGCGGAGCGGGACAUCUUGGUUCAGGCUGACAGUCUCUGGGUGGUGAAAAUGUUCUACAGUUUUCAGGAUAAACUGAAUCUCUACUUGCUCAUGGAGUUUCUGCCCGGAGGAGAUAUGAUGACACUGCUAAUGAAGAAAGACACACUGACAGAGGAAGAGACUCAGUUCUACGUGGCGGAGACGGUUCUGGCCAUCGACUUCAUCCAUCAACUGGGCUUCAUUCACCGAGACAUCAAACCAGACAACCUCCUGCUGGACUCCAAGGGUCACGUCAAGCUGUCUGAUUUUGGCUUGUGUACAGGCCUCAAAAAAGCGCAUCGGACGGAGUUUUAUCGCAACCUGAACCACAGCCAAUCAAACGACCUCACGUUUCAGCAUAUGAACUCGAAGAGGAAGGCCGAGACAUGGAAGAGGAAUCGCAGACAGCUGGCCUUCUCCACAGUGGGAACGCCAGACUACAUUGCUCCAGAGGUGUUCAUGCAGACCGGAUACAACAAGCUCUGUGAUUGGUGGAGCCUCGGCGUCAUCAUGUACGAGAUGCUGAUUGGUUAUCCUCCGUUCUGCUCAGAAACUCCUCAAGAAACCUAUAAAAAAGUAAUGGGUUGGAAGGAGACGCUGGUUUUUCCUCCGGAGGUGCCGAUUUCUGAGCGCGCUAAAGAGCUGAUCCUGCGCUUCUGCUGUGAGGCAGAUCAUCGCAUCGGUGCCGGCGGCGUGGACGACAUCAAGAGAAAUGCAUUUUUCGAAGGAGUCGAUUACGACCACAUCAGAGAGAGACCUGCAGCCAUUACCAUCGAGAUCAAGAGCAUCGACGACACGUCCAACUUCGACGAGUUUCCAGAUUCGGACAUCCUGCAGCCAACAAGUCCUGUUGUGGUGAGCAACCAUCACCCGGAGUCGGACUACAAGAACAAGGACUGGGUUUUCAUCAACUACACCUACAAGCGCUUCGAGGGCCUGACGGCGAGAGGAGCCAUACCGUCAUACAUGAAGAGCGGGAAACGCUGAGAAUCCACAGCCAAUCGCUGCACUUCCUCAUCAACACGACCAAAGAAAACACCCAGACGUCUGUCAGAAACACACUCCCGCGCUGCUGGACACUGCACACGCUUCUUUACUAGUCCUUAAAUUAAGAUAAUCUGGGGCAGAAUUCACGAAAAUAUGCUUAAGAGCUUUCUUAAAGGGAUGUUUCACCUAUAAAUAUAAGUUCUGUCAACUUCUGUUGAACACAGAGUAAGAUUUUCUGAAGAUUUAUGGAAACACUGGCUUUUUUUGUUCCUGCUAUGGAAGUCGACGGCUGCUUUUUUUUCCAGCAUUCUUCUGGAUCUUCCUCUGUGUUCAACAGAAGAAACUUGAGUUUAGAAUUACGUAAGCGUGAGUGAAUCUAAUUUAAAUGUAGUUUUUUUGCGUGAACUGACCCUUGAAGAUUUUAUCUUGAGAUUUUUCUUAACUGCAAUUCAUGAAAAAAUCUGCCGAAGAUCUCUUUUUUUCUUCUUAAGAUCAUUCUUAUAUUUAAAUCAAUGAAAUUAAAGAAUAGCUACGGUAAAUUCGUUAGCGCUACAUUUAGGGAUGAUUAACUUCCAAAACAUUAUCAGCUACAAAUGGCAUUUUUCUGCUAGAAGAGAGGAAACAGGAGCUGAAAAAGGCUUUGUGAUGUGGAAAGCGCUGCGAUAUGAAACCACGCAAUGGUAAUUUGUUGCCAUGACGACCAAAGUGUGCGUCCUGUGGUCAACGUUUAAUCUUUGCGCUGUGUGUGUGUGUGUUUGUGUGUAUGCAUGAACUGCACAUGCUCACCAGUAAAGCACAGCCCACUCCAAUAGCGUGCCGACGGGACAUUUCUGCGGAAUAUACUAGUUCCUGCUGCUUGCAAUAGUGCUGCUGUGUUGUCAUGCUGGUAAACACACACCUCUCGACUUGUCAUAAAAUGUGCUUAUUUUAUUAGCUUGUGUUUUUAAAAAUCAGUUCAUUCAUUCAUUCAUUUUC